AUGGUUUUGGGAAAAGUCCGUUGUGGAUCUAAAGCUCUUGAUCUCUCUCCACCAUAUCCCUUUCCCAAAAGCAGCAUGGAACACGAAGUAGACGCAUGGAUCGAGCAACUCAGUCAAUGCAAGCAGUUAACCGAAGCGGACGUAAAAAAACUAUGCGAUAAGGCGGGUACUUCCACAAGGGAGAUUCUGAUGGAGGAAUCUAACGUUCAGCCUGUACGAUGCCCAGUGACAGUGUGUGGGGAUAUUCACGGCCAAUUCCACGACCUCUCAGAGCUCUUUCGUAUCGGGGGCAACUCGCCAGACACGAACUACCUUUUCAUGGGAGACUAUGUCGACCGUGGCUACUAUUCGGUUGAGACGGUGACAUUGUUGGUGGCACUCAAGUUGCGUUAUCGUGAUCGUGUCACCAUCUUGCGCGGGAACCACGAGUCUCGGCAAAUUACCCAGGUGUACGGGUUCUACGAUGAGUGCCUGCGGAAGUACGGAAACGCCAAUGUUUGGCGAUUCUUCACGGACCUCUUCGAUUUUUUGCCCUUGACGGCCCUCAUUGACAAUCAAAUCUUCUGUCUCCACGGCGGCCUAUCUCCCUCCAUCGACACUCUUGAUCAUGUUCGUACUAUCGAGCGUGUGCAAGAAGUGCCCCACGAAGGCCCCAUGUGUGAUCUCCUGUGGUCAGACCCGGAUGACCGUUGUGGAUGGGGUAUAUCGCCCCGAGGUGCAGGUUAUACUUUCGGACAAGAUAUCUCUGAAGCAUUCAACCAUAAUAACGGUCUUACGCUUGUUGCACGAGCGCAUCAGCUCGUGAUGGAAGGAUAUAGCUGGGGUCAAGAUAGAAACGUUGUUACUAUCUUCAGCGCGCCUAACUACUGUUACCGUUGCGGCAAUCAAGCUGCUAUCAUGGAAAUAGACGAAAAAUUAUCCUACAGCUUCUUACAGUUCGACCCGGCUCCGCGGGCAGGAGAGCCUCUUGUUUCAAGACGCGUUCCGGAUUACUUCCUUUAGUGACCAUGUAUAUUUGCCGACGAUAUUCAAAGACAUCACCAAGCCUGCCCUGUAUCCUGCUGCAUUCGACACGACUGUUUCAUUAUGGACCACCUUCAA